AUGGGCAUGCGCAUUGAACUGGAGCGCACAUCUCAUCCUCAGUAUCUAGUCCGCUCGGCGUCUGUCGAUAAUAUAUACCUGGACGUGGAGUUCCAUACCGACGCCCGCCUCAGAUUAAGGAAGUACACAGUUCUAUCCAAGAACGGCACAAGAUGGGAGAUACCGGAUAGCGUCCUGAAUAUACCGACUCCCAGCAACAAGGCCAGCGAGACUUCACGGCUGUACGAUGUGACCAUCGUGGAUGCUCCAGUGUUUGGCGUCAUCAUCACCCGGGUGUCUAACAACCAGACAAUAUUCAACACAUCCCUGCCAGGGUUCAUCUAUUCCGACCAGUACCUGCAGCUGACCACGACGCUGGCGUCCGACAACGUGUACGGCUUCGGGGAACACAACCAUCGCCAACUCCGCCAUGACCUCGCCUGGAAAACGUGGAGCAUCUUUACCAGAGAUGUGGCGCCCGUUGACGAGUGGAACCUGUACGGCGCUCACCCCACCUACAUGAACGUGGAGGACGACGGUAGUGCCCACAUGGUCUUCCUCAAGAACAGCAACGCCAUGGAGGUGUUCCUGCAGCCGUCUCCGCAUCCAGCCAUCACUUUUAGAACUAUCGGCGGCGUCCUCGACUUCUACAUCUUCCUCGGCCCAUCACCUGGCGAGGCAGUACAACAAUACACGGCGGCUGUGGGUAGGCCUGUUAUGCCGCCUUACUGGACGCUAGGCUUCCACCUCUGCCGCUGGGGCUACACCAACAUCACCGACCUGAGGAUGGUCAUCGACCGGAACAGGGAAGCCGGGAUACCAUAUGACGCUCAGUGGGCUGACCUGGAAUACAUGUACAAGAAGUUCGUCUUCAGCUACGACCGCGACACCUUCGCCGGACUCCCGGAUCUGGUGCAAGACCUUCACGACCACAACCAGAAGUUUGUUGUCAUCGUGUUUGGAUCAACAUCACCUAUGCUGAUACAGUACAGCGUGAAGCAGAAACACCAGAAUCCCGAAGAAGAAGCCGAUGAGCUGUGUACUGAUGACUUCAUCAGCCUGUGA